AUGGGACAGACCUCCCUUCCUCCCAACACCUCCAUCAGGGACAGCUCUCCCUCCCAACACCUCCAUCAGGGACAGCUCUGCCUCCCAACACCUCCAUCAGGGACAGCUCUCCCUCCCAACACCUCCAUCAGGGACAGCUCUCCCUCCCAACACCUCCAUCAGGGACAGCUCUCCCUCCCAACACCUCCAUCAGGGACAGCUCUCCCUCCCAACACCUCCAUCAGGGACAGACCUCCCUCCCAACACCUCCAUCAGGGACAGCUCUCCCUCCCAACACCUCCAUCAGGGACAGCUCUCCCUCCCAACACCUCCAUCAGGGACAGACCUCCCUUCCUCCCAACACCUCCAUCAGAGACAGCUCUCCCUCCAAACACCUCCAUCAGGGACAGCUCUCCCUCCCUCCCAACACCUCCAUCAGGGACAAACCUCCCUCCUAAUACCUCCAUCAGGGACAGACCUCCCUCCCAACACCUCCAUCAGGGACAGCCCUCCCUCCUAACACCUCCAUCAGGGACAGCUUUCCCUCCCAACACCUACAUCAGGGACAGACCUCCCCCCCCCCCCCCCCCCAACACCUCCAUCAGGGACAGCUCUCCCUCCUAA